GUAUAUUUGGGACUUGGUCUCGAACGUCAUCCACGGUUCACCUAUUCACUAUGUAGUAUGAUCUUCAUUGGUUCGCGAUGGUGUUGUUACCUUGGAAUUCCCUGUUCAGGCUUCGAAUGAAGCAUUACUCCGGAAUUUUCUACGACGUCAUGGUACAAUAUUUGGCUUCAAGGGGAGAAUCAGAAGGUAUAUAAGGGUGCUUUUGUUCGCUCCUUGCAUCUUCCAAUCCAUCAACAACAUCUUCUACCUCUGAACAAAACAAUAUAUUCUACCUUUUCAAGAUCAAUAAUACUCAAACCAACCAUCAUAAUGUCUGACUACGGCCGCAAGGACUUCACAACUAAGGCUAAGGAGGAGAUCACUCCUGACUCGGCCAAGUCCACCCAGGACAAGGCCAAGGAGACCGUCACCGAUACCACUGACCGUUUCACUCGUGGUGCCCAGUCCGACAAGGACAAGUCUGCCCCCCAGGAGGCUUGGGACAAGGGCCAACGUGUCCAUGACAACGAACACCACGGCGGUGCCGGUCAGUCGAUUGGCGACAAGGUCAAGGAUACCCUGGGACUUGGCGGCAACAAGUAAUUUCUCUCAAUUGAGAAUGGGUUAUGAAUGUGUAUAAUUAGGCCUAUGACUCUUACGAG